GUCAGAGCCAGAGCCCAUCAGCGGGGAGGAGGUAGGCAGCGGUGCCGCAGGUGCGCGCCGGCGGAGGGCAGCGGCUGAGUGGCGGGGGGAACAUGGCGCUGAGUACCAGGGCACCGCGGCGGCUGUUGCUGCGCUUGCCGGCCGGGAGCUGCCUCCUCCUCUUGCUGCUGCUUCUUCUCUGCGGCCAGCUAGGGGGAGGACAGAAAAAGAAGGAGAAUCUUCUGGCUGAGAAGGUGGAACAGCUGAUGGAAUGGAGCUCAAGGCGCUCAGUCAUCCGCAUGAAUGGAGACAAAUUCCGAAGGUUUGUGAAGGCUCCGCCUCGUAACUACUCUGUGGUAGUGAUGUUUACUGCUCUCCAGCCCCAGCGGCAGUGCUCUGUUUGCAGGCAAGCUAAUGAAGAAUAUCAAGUGCUGGCUAAUUCAUGGCGCUAUUCAUCUGCUUUCUCAAACAAACUGUUUUUCACAAUAGUGGAUUAUGAUGAAGGUGCAGAUGUUUUUCAGCAGCUGAAUAUGAACUCUGCUCCGACUUUCAUGCAUUUUCCUCCAAAAGGUAAACCCAAGAGAGCUGACACGUUUGACCUGCAGAGAAUCGGCUUUGCAGCUGAGCAGCUAGCUAAAUGGAUAGCUGACAGAACAGAUGUUCAUAUUAGAGUGUUCAGGCCUCCUAACUAUUCUGGUACAAUUGCACUGGCUCUUCUGGUAUCUCUUGUUGGUGGAUUGUUGUAUCUGCGCAGAAAUAACUUGGAGUUCAUCUACAACAAAACUGGCUGGGCCAUGGCAGCUCUGUGUGUUGUAUUUGCUAUGACAUCUGGUCAGAUGUGGAAUCAUAUCCGUGGACCCCCAUAUGCACAUAAAAAUCCUCAGAAUGGACAAGUGAGUUACAUACAUGGAAGCAGUCAGGCUCAGUUUGUUGCAGAAUCUCAUAUUAUUCUUCUACUGAAUGCUGCUAUCACCAUGGGAAUGGUACUCCUAAAUGAAGCUGCUACCUCCAAAGGGGAUGUUGGGAAAAGGAGAAUAAUAUGUCUGGUGGGCCUAGGUCUAGUGGUCUUUUUCUUCAGCUUCCUGUUGUCGAUAUUUCGCUCUAAAUACCAUGGCUAUCCAUACAGCUUCUUAAUUAAAUGAAUUCAAGAGGGAUUCAUUUAGAACUGCUUACCCUGAAGAUAAGCUAUAACUGAUACUAUCUACCCACCAAUGUUACAUGUAUUCAAGAAUCUUUUGUUGGUUCAUCUGUUUUUGUGAUAAUUUAUAUAGUAUGCUAAGAGAGAAAUGAAUGCAGUUUUAUGCAAUGAAUGCCUAAUUUAUAGAAACAUACAGUAAACGACACAUUGGGAAGUGCUAAAAUGUUAUGACUAUAGUAUGCUCAAGAGUUUAAAUAAAUUUCAUUAUAAUG